AUGAAAAUGGGAGAAGUUCGGUUGAAUGUCUUGCUGAACAUCACGUUUGGCAAUGAUUCGUUGAACACAUACUCCUGUGGACCAUUUAAUAAAAGCUCUCCCGUAACGUAUGAGUUGCUGUAUGCUGUAGUAUGGGGAGGGGGAGAGUUGUCUCUGUGGUUAGAUCGCCAACUUACCGACCGGAAGGCCAUGGAAGUGUCGCAUAUGGAUAAAAGCCUUCCGGAAAACUUGAAGCGAAAGUCCUUUUGCACACUGGCCGAAUGGCGAGCCAGAAGAAUUAGCGCAUAUUCAUUGCGAUUCGACUCGACGAUGCCGACGCCGAAAGAGCAUAGAUCCACCCAAAAAGCUUGGGCAACCUAG